ACGUUCCUGUUCGGCAGCCACUUCGCACGUUCCAAAGACCGCCAGCUCCCUACACAGGAAGCGGCGAGCCUCGUUGUUCUCCCGGGGGCAGAGCGCCGGGCUCGCCUCUUGCAGCCUCAGGCCCUUUCCCUACAGCAUCCAGGCACCACGGCGGGCCGAGAGGGAGGUGCCGUGGAAAUCCGUGCAACAGCUCGGCUUGCUGCGGCCGGGCCGGCUCUGCUCCUGCGGGUCUGAGGCCGCGGCGCGAGGGGAGGGGCUGGUUUGGUGUCUCGGGAGGUGCCCGCGCGCUGUCAGCACCACGCCCCCGACCCCGCGGCUCUUCCCAGGACCCAGCCUAGGGUUACGGGCCGGGCACUGAACACGGUUCGCUGGGCUAGCGGGAGCCGCAGCCCGUCUGCGCCCUCCUGCUCUGGGUUGCAGCGUGAGCUGGAUGUGCUUCCCCAGGGCCUUUGUCGUGAGCCGCUCGCGGGGCUCGUACUGCCCUGUGCCCUGCAUCCUCCUCCCUUGCGAGCGGGGCUAGUGACCGCGCUGGCUCUGGUCUCGAGACUCACUUUGAAAUCAUAUCCCGUAGUUUCUGGGUGGGUUCCUGUUUAACAGGUAUGAUGUCAAGUGUGAUGCUGAUGCUACAGUGACUAAGCCAGCCUCUUUUGGCGCAGACUCUGUCAUCCUAUCUGUGCUCCUAGCUCGGGGUUUCAGAGUAGGGCAUCUCAUAAUCAGGUCACAUUCCACUGAGGAGCCACCAUCCAUCUCCCUAAAUCGCGAGACCAGAGAGGGAAGAAGACAAAUAAUUGCUUUGCAAGAGGUGGAGAAAAAAAGACCAAGAUCAGAGAUGAGAGCCCCAGGCUGUUGUCUGGUGCUACUGUUGCUGUUGGCUGUCGCCUUGGCGGAAGGGGACAGCAAAGGGGGUAAAGACGGAGACCAUCCAGGCAAUUUUAUGGAGGACGAGCAAUGGCUGUCUUCCAUUUCUCAAUACAGCGGCAAGAUCAAACACUGGAACCGCUUCCGAGACGAGGUAGAGGAUGACUAUAUCAAGAGCUGGGAAGAUAAUCAGCCAGUUGAUGAAGCUUUGGACACAACCAAGGACCCCUGCCAGAAAGUGAAGUGUAGCCGGCACAAAGUUUGCAUUGCCCAGGGCUACCAGAGGGCUAUGUGUAUUAGCCGCAAAAAGUUAGAGCACAGAAUCAAGCAGCCUGCCCUGAAACACCAUGGAAACAAAGAAAGCUUUUGCAAACCAUGUCACAUGACCCAGCUCACAUCUGUCUGCGGCUCUGAUGGACACACUUACAGCUCUGUGUGCAAACUGGAGCAGCAAGCCUGCCUGACCAGCAAGCAGCUGGCGGUGAAGUGUGAGGGCCAGUGCCCCUGCCCGACCGAGCAUGGCCCCACCUCAACCACAGAUGUCAAACAAGAGACUUGUACCGGGCAGGACUUAGCAGACCUGGGAGACCGUCUGCGGGACUGGUUCCAGCUCCUACGUGAGAACUCCAAGCAGAACAGUUCUGGAAACCCAGGGGCCAAUCCAGUGAAUGUGCUGGACAAGAGCCUGGUGGCCAGUUGCAAGGAUUCCAUUGGCUGGAUGUUUUCCAAGCUGGACACAAACAAUGACCUUUUCCUGGACCAGACAGAGCUCGCAGCUAUCAACCUAGAUAAGUAUGAGAUUUGCAUCCGGCCCUUCUUCAACUCCUGUGACACCUAUAAGGACGGCCACGUCUCCACUGCCGAAUGGUGCUUCUGCUUCUGGAGAGAAAGUGCGUCGUCACCAGAGCCCCCCUGUCUCGUGGAGCUGGAAAGGAUCCAGAUCCAAGAAGCAGCAAAAAAGAAACCUGGUGUUUUCAUUCCAAGCUGCGACGAAGAUGGAUACUACAGGAAGAUGCAGUGUGACCAGAGCAGUGGGGAGUGCUGGUGUGUUGACCAGCUUGGCAUGGAGCUGACAGGAACACGGAUACGUGGAAACCCAGACUGUGAUGACAUAGUUGGGUUCUCGGGGGAUUUUGGGAGUGGCGUUGGAUGGGAGGAUGAGGAAGAGAAAGAGACUGAGGAAGCUGGAGAAGAGGCUGAAGAAGAAGAGGGAGAGGCAGACGAUGGAGGCUACAUAUGGUAGAAGCGGAGAAGAGCACAGUUUGGUCGGGAUGCUGGCAGCAAGGCGUGACAGCAGUCAAACUCGAAGGAGAUGAGCAGCUUAAUGAGAUGAUCAGGAAACACAGUUGAAUGUAACUUACUAUGUAGAAAAAGUGUGUGCGCAUGUAUGUAUGUGUGGAUGCUUGGAGUGCUAUUUACAAUGCCCCAGGGACACCCUGCAUUCUCCCAAUAUAGCUGAAAGCACCACUGUAGCAAAGCAAAAGUAAAAAGCAGUCUGCAGUGUUGGUUCAGUUGGGGUUUUUUGUUCCACUUUUAGGUCUGUACUGAUAAAUAUUUCAGCCCCUGGGCACACCCCCCCUAGUGUGCACAUGUUCACACAUAUCCAUACCCACAUGCAUAUUCACAGCCAUGCUAACCACUGAGUAAAAAUACCCACCAGUAAUUAAUAGCUUGUUAUAGAAAUCUGGCUGCUGAGCUAGCUCACCACUGACUUUAGCAGUUGCACACUGCAAACACCUCGGAAAAUCACAGGAGCAUUUCCCAGUCAGCAUUGUAGCACAUGCACUGCCAUGGUUUGAAUGACAGGCUGUACUAGCGUGCAGUCCUUCACUCGCCUCAAGUUUAGGUGAAGAAUUGUACUGCCACAGUCCAAAUGCAGGGCUGUACCCAGUGUGGGUGAGACGGAAUUGUCCUUGGGCCUGUUUGAGGUUCCUGUUUCUUGGGGGAAAUUAACCUAUAAGGAUAUUGCAUCUUGCUGUUGAAAGCAAUGCUCUAGUGGUAGUUCAAUGAGUGUUUAGGCACCUGUGGCUUGCUCAGCUACCUUAAAACCAAAAGGGGUAUGGAAGCUUUUUGCCAAACAGAUUGGUCAUGAAUUAAUUCUGCAUCUUCUAGUGGCACCAAAAGGGGAUCAGACGCUUAGACUUGCAGACCAUUUUAAUUAUGGAGCAAAGUUUUGAUCAAUGAUUUUAAUAACCUUUUUGACCUUGCAUGAUGAAAAAACAAACUGCAUUGACAGACUCAUUACAAUAAGAGCAGAAAACCUGUUCUGUACCCGCUUCCUUCCCAUCCAUCCCCUGAUGUCCAGUGGCAGCUUCUAGCAGUCAAUGGUCUUGGAGAAAGUGUACCUUGCAGCUGGUACAGGCAGGACAAACCAUGAACUAACAGGAUCAGAUAAGCACAUGCUGUCCUAUGAAAACCUGAAAGCUUGGCUGGAACCUGACUCAGAUUGGUAGUGCCCAAAAGCCGUUGCUAUAUGAUACCCAUUAAUGGGGCCAGGUGAAAUGUAUUGGUGGUGUCAGGUCCAUUUAUUAGUUAUUGGGGGGGAGGGGAAGAGCAGGGUUCAGUGACAAUGGGUGAUCACAUAGACUGCAGCUUUGUCUUGUCCAAAGCAUUGAUUAGAAUUUUGUGUGUGUGUAAGCGAGAUGUGUUGUGGGCUUCAGAAAACUCCUUCCAGUGUUCUACUCUUUGCAAAGCUGGGAGCUGCUCAGACCAGUAGAACUGGCUAUGAGGCUGCCCAUUCAGCUUCUUGAAACCAUUGUGUAAUUCCAGCCACAAUUUCCAUUAUCAGUCCCAGAAAGCCUCCAUGUAGCAGAAGAUGAGAUGAGGGACUAGUGGCAACAUAGCUCCAGUUUGCAUCUUUCCCUGUUCGUGGGAGUAUUCUGCCACCUUCACCCUGCCAGAAAAGGGGAAACAAAGUCUGAAAGGUCAGUUUCUUUGUAAGAUAUAGAGCACUUUCCUUCCCCUCCAGGAGACAAGGCACUUAGUGAAUGUGAACAAUGCACGUACCAGAGUUUUUUGUCAUUGCUCUCUCUGGAAAGCACCUAGUUUCUUUCUAUUCAGUUUGUGUGCCCAUCAGGGGGUUGGGCUGAGGUAUUUUUGGUCACUUUUGAAUGUUCUCUUAGUCAUUGGACGAUUGAGAAGCUCUGAUGAGCUGGAAAAGCCAAUGCUUUAGGUUUUAAUACAGAAGAACCAGUUCCCCAAGAACACGUAUUUAAAGGCAGGAAGAGUAGGUUAGUGGGGCAUAGGAAGCAACUUGGUGAGAAGCAUGGGGACACAGUGCAACUGAAGAUGAAGACAGACCUGAAAAUGACAUUCCUUCAGUGAAAGAAAAGCCAUCUCCCCACUCACGGACAAGCCACCCACUCCUAUUUUCAGUGCAGCCUCCAUGAUCGCAAACUGAGUGUCUGCUGUUGGCUUAAGAAGGUUGGUUCGCUUUUUUUGAUGGAGAGACUUACAGUGAGCACACACACAAAUAAGGGGCUUAAUCUUAUUCCCAUGACGUCAAUGUAAGUGUUGCCAGUGACUUAACUGGAAGCUGGAUUCAACCCAAGCUAUGUUAAUUUCAGUUUGAUGGAAUGGCCCCCAGCAAUCAGAUGCUGAUAUUGUAUGUGUGGCCCUGUGGGCAUAUGGGUGUGUGCCUUGAAAGCCUGUGCAUGUGUGUGCAGUGUCAACGUGCCCCAGUGCAGAGAGAGAGAGAGUGGGUGUGAGUGUGUGGUAAAACAGCGGUAGCCAGCUUGGCUUACGUUGGGCAUUCCAGAUCUUAUGUGACAUUAAGUCUAAAAGGCUGAACCAGAAGCUCAGUCUGCUACUGCAUAUUCCUAAAAAAAAUAUUAAAAAAUCUAAAAUCCCAGUAAACCCAAGUAACAUGCUUGCAAUGAUACCAUAUUAGAGAACACUGUUAUGUAGCUAGCUGUGAUAAUAAAUGCACCUUGCUGUGUGGAACGCUUUACAUUCCUUUCCGCCCAAUCUCUCUCUAAUAAAUACACAGAGACAGCUUAUCCCCCUUUAUUCAGCUAUUUCUCCUGAUCUUCUGAGGAAAGAAUAAUUGACCAUGACCGAUAAGGGGACACUGUUGUUGAAUGCCCCACUCCCGAAGGGGAUGACCUUCUCAGCCAGUGUGCUACUUGAAAUGUUCUGUUUUUCUUAGAGUUUGUGUUUUGUAUUGGAUUUUUUUCCCCAUCAGUAUCCCCUCAUAAGCCAUAACACACACUUGACCUUUCAUUUCUAAAAGCUCACUUUUACAUCCCUCCUGUUGUCAUUGCCUUUUGGGGCUGUUCCAGUCUCUCUUGUUUGCUUCAUGCCUGCUUGUCUCUGGUACUGGAUUUGCUUCCAGUUGUACAUGUUUAAUAACCUGUAAAUAUGUUUUUGAAUCAAAGAAGCAAUUUUCUAAUCCCGAAGCGCUCUAGCCAUGUAGAGCCCCUCCUUCCCCCAAGACGGUGGGGCUUGCCUCUGAGUUUUGGACUAGUUAUUAAGGCAUUAGCAUCCUUCAGUCUCAAUCAGGCUCAAGGCUGCAGUGGUUGUGCUAGGAUUCAGUUCAGCAGUGAAAAGCUCCACUGGAGGUGUUUGCCUCUGCUAACAAGGCCUAUAUUGCUGCAGAGGUCAGCUCCUCCUUUAGCUGCAGAGGCCAAAAUAUAAACAAAGGAACAAACACACAAAUCAUUUGCAGCCCUUUGCUUUCCUGAGCUCUACCUACCUGCUAACGUGUACACAAGGUAUUUUAACAACAGGAAUACCCUCCCUACUGUAAUUUUUCCUGGUUGUAAAUACAACAACCUGUGUGUUGGGAUUCUUGUUUAAUUGACACCACCACCAUUCCCAUAGGAAUCAGCUGCUAUAUCAUUUAGCAAGCAGCUUGACCAUCACGCCUUGCCCACAUAGUAAGCAGUUGUGCUAGCACAAUGUGUCACUGGCAGGAGGGGAGUUAGGAGAGGAAAUGUCUAGCUACACUUGUUUUGUUAAUGUUUUUUUUCCUUAAGACUGAACUAAGCCAUUGCAAUGUCCAUGACUGGCUGUCUGACCCUGUGGCUAGUGCUCUCCACUGCUGUGCAGAAGACCUAGCUUCCAUUCCUGGUCCUGGUUCUCAGCCCCAGAGAUGGCAGGAGCUAGGAGGGCAUUGGAAAAACCAGGCUCAGACUCUGAGCAGAAGAGGAAGGGCCUUGCGUUGCACAGCAGCACACAUCCUCUCCCCCCGGAAAAGUAGGAAUGGGGUAGCUGGACAUGGAAAGGAGUCUUAGCCUUCUGGUCAAGGUGAAUAGAAUGAGAGGUGGGAUCUGGGCCGAUGCAAAGUGGACAGGUGGAAUCCUAAGGCACGUAGAGGGCACUGGCUCAGCUGUUGGCUUUUCAAGUGUGGCUGAUCAUUCUCGGUGUUUUUGCAUUCAAGCUUCCUGUGGAUCUUUCCCAUACACUUCUCCUUCACUAUGGAACUGCCCUGUCUCUACAAAAUGUAGUGCCAUGGCUUUAAACCUUUUAGCCAUCUCUUUCUCUCGUCUCCUCCAAACUGGCGAUUAGCUCCCUGGCGAGUGAGAGCUAUGUAUAUUAAAACCACUAAUAGAUAAGUAUUUUGAAGGUGUUCAAAACAUGUUUAUUUUGUUUUUUAAUUAUAUGCUUAAUGAAAGAAACUGACUAACAAAGUUCAGAGAGGAGCAACAGCGUGUAGCCUGAAAUAUAUUAAAAUGUCUUUUGUGCAAUAACUUUGAACUUAGAGUUAAGAAUCGUGUGCAAGUGUUUGGAUUUCAGUUUGUAUAUUUAAGUGCUGAAAUUGUAUCUCUCAGUAAUUUUAGAUGUUAAUCCAAACCAAGUGUUAGAAUGUAUGUGUGCAUUUGAUGGGCACUAGCGCGCCAAGCAUUUCAAUUCUUAGGGCCCCCUUUUCCCAGCUGUUACACUCCUGUCCUGCUUCACAAGGCCGCCAGGGAAAGCUGUUUCACAUUGUCUGUCUCUGCCUAAUACUUAACCUAAGGAAACAAGUACACACACCAAGAAAUGAAAUACGUUAUUUUUAAAAAAAUAAAUAAAAAUUUAUAAACACUC